CUGUUGACACAAACGUUACCGUCUUCAUUGCUCGGUUACCGUUCGCGAUUCUAUAUUCACACUCAAUAGCGAACUGUCCGCUGGUUAACUGCUUUAAAAUGGUCCACUAUGAAGUAAUUUAAAUUCAUUAUUUUUGUGUUUGAAAUUUACUUAAACAUUUUAAAAAUGGCUGUGAUAAAACUGAAGAUUUUUGAUGUAAUCCCAGUGAGGUUCAAUUUAUGGGUGAUGCUGUUUACCAGUUGCUGGGUCGUGUACAUGCUUAGAGUCAACAUGAGCUUGAAUCUGAUAGCGAUGGUACCUCAACCGGUCAAAAAUGUAACAUCAAAGUCCAAAUGUGGCCCAGAUAAUGUACCGCUAAAUGAGUCUUUAAAUCAUGUUGAUGUUUCUGAUGUGAGGGAAGCACCGAGACAGGUUGCUGGUGGCACAUUUGAUUGGACAAAAGAUCAACAGGCAACGAUUCUCGGUUCAUAUUUCUGGUGCUAUCCUAUAACGUCGCUCAUUGGUGGUAUGGCAUCCGAACGAUGGGGUCCUAGAUACGUGGUCUUAAUAACAUCACUGGUCAGUGCUAUAUUGACAGCGUUAAGUCCAGCCGCUGCCAGACUUGAUUACGUAGCCCUGGUUAUAAUACGAUUCUUCCUUGGAUGUGCUGGGGGUUUUAUCUACCCUUCGCUUCAUUGUUUGGUUGCUCGCUGGGCACCACCCGCCGAGAAAGGAAAAUUCGUGAGCGCUAUGAUGGGUGGAACUUUAGGGACAGUAGUAACCUGGUCACUCACUGGUCCUUUGUUAGAAAGAUUCGGAUGGGCUUCGGCGUUUUACGUACCAGCUGGACUUACAUUUAUUUGGUGUGGAUUUUGGUGGUACCUUGUGGCAGACACGCCUUCAGAACAUCCUAGAAUUUCGGCGUCUGAAAGAAAAUACAUAUUAGAUGCCUUGGGAGAUAAAGUUAAGAAAUCAAAGGGUUUGCCGCCAUUCAGAAGAAUAAUUACGUCCUUCCCGUUCUUAGCGAUGGUUAUUCUACACUUUGGAAAUCUGUGGGGAUUAUACUUUAUCAUGACGGUGGGACCAAAAUUUGUAUCAAGCGUUCUUGGUUUUGAAUUGUCAGCGGCAGGAAUAAUAUCUGCCUUGCCGUAUCUUGCAAGAUUAAUACUUGCAACUAUAUUUGGGGCUAUCGGAGACUGUAUUUUAUCUAGGAAGCUAAUGACAACAACAACUAUAAGAAAAUUCUUCUGUCUCUUUUCUCACAUUAUCCCUGGAAUCUUAUUAGUUUUGCUGGUAUAUACUGGAUGUUCCACAGCAUUAUCGGUUGCAAUGAUCACGAUGUCAAUGGGAUUCAAUGGCGCUGCAACGUUGACGAAUCUCCAAAAUCACCAAGACUUGGCUCCUAACUAUGCAGGAACCUUGUAUGGUAUUGCAAAUUUCAUAGGCAGUACUGCUGGAUUUUUCACACCUAUGAUUACUGCAUAUUUUACGAAGACCGGGGAUAGCUUCGAACAAUGGAGGCCAGUAUUCUUUGUGGGAGCGUCUGUAUAUAUUGUGUCUGCGAUAUUUUUCAUACUAUUUGGAACUGGCAACACUCAAGCUUGGAACUUCGAUGAUGAAUCUAAGCAAGAAGGAAAAGAGGAAAAGGGUCGCGCCGACGAUAUGAACGAUAUGAAUGAAACAAUAAAAAAUAGUUAUAAAGACCCGAAAGAAAAUUCCAUGAGUAUUACAACGCGUACUUAAACAUGAAUUCGCAUUCAUUUGUUAUAAAUACUUCGAUAUAAUUUAUUUUAACUGUAGAUAUUUUAAAGAAGGAUCUGACUAGAGAUAUUAGAUUAGUGUUGGGGAAUGUAAUGAAUCUCUUCCUAUAUCUUUCAUUAUAUGACAAAGCAUUUAAAUUUACGUAAUAUAAAAUAUUAUUAUAGUUAUUUGAUAGCUGUAGAGUAUUUUUAAUAGGAUAUUACCAGAACUCGAAAUAUAUUGUAUACAGGAUUUGAUAGGAUGUCUUAUGAAUAGACACGACUGUGAUCAUAAUUACCAAAUAAUAUGUACUAAAAGUUAUUUAAUUCAAUUUACAUUCACAUCAACAUUUUUUAUGUUUUUUUUAUCAAUAUGACCGUAUAGUUUUUUUCUAUGGAAUAUUGUUAUUGUAUUUUGAGUAAAACAUUAUAUAGGUGUGCGCGAAUUUUGAAUGAAAUUUUAUGUAUGUAUAUUUCGUAUCCAAUAUUAUUAUUUAGUGUGAUACAUUGUAAUCAAAUCCUAAAAUAAACAUUUAAACGUCUCAA